CUCGCGCUGUCGCCACCACAGUCUGCGACGGGACCCGGCGUGCCCAUGUGUCAGGUGGGCGAGGACUACGGGGAGUCGGCGCCUGGGGAGCCGCCCCCGGCGCCGCGGCCCAGCCGUGAGCAGAAGUGUGUGAAGUGCAAGGACGCCCAGCCCGUUGUGGUGAUACGAGCCGGAGAUGCCUUUUGCAGGGACUGUUUCAAGACCUUCUACGUCCACAAGUUCAGAGCCAUGCUGGGGAAGAACCGGCUCAUCUUUCCAGGCGAGAAGGUGCUCUUGGCGUGGUCUGGGGGGCCUUCAUCCAGCUCCAUGGUCUCGCAGGUCCUUGAGGGCCUGAGCCAAGAUUCUGCCAAAAGACUGCGCUUUGUGGCGGGAGUCAUCUUUGUUGACGAACAAACUCCUGGGGUGUUCACUGUAGUGCUGAGGUUAGCCACAAGGGAGAAAGCCCUGUCCAAAGGAAAAUGGCUGACACCUCACCGCCCCGCCAGGAAGCACCGCCCUGCAGAUCGAGGCCUCAAAGGGUUUCCCCAGGUGGAGGUGGCCCCGCUUCCUGCCCUGCCUGGCUCCUCUCUGAGCCUUGACUCUUUCUGCCUGGGUUUUUCAGAGGGAGCAGCCUGUGGGCAGAGCCUAGAGGAGAGAUCAAAGACCCUGGCCGAAGUGAAGCCCAUUCUGCAAGCAACUGGGUUCCCAUGGCACGUGGUGGCCUUAGAGGAGGUGUUCAGCCUGCCACCGUCGGUGCUUUGGUGCUCUGCCCAGGAGCCGGUGGGAUCCGAGGGGGCCUACAAGGCGGCUGUGGACAGCUUCCUCCAGCAGCAGCAUGUGCUGGGGGCCGGGGGUGGUCCUGGCCUGAUACAAGGGGAGGAACAGCCACCCCCACCCACACGGGACCCCCAGAGCCUGGCAAGACCGCCUGCCACUGCCCAGACUGAGGCUCUUUCCCAACUGUUCUGCUCAGUGAGGACACUGACGGCCAAGGAGGAGCUUCUGCAGACCCUGCGGACCCACUUGAUCGUGCACACGGCCCGAGCCCACGGCUACUCCAAGGUCAUGACUGGGGAUAGCUGCACACGCUUGGCCAUCAAGCUCAUGACCAACCUGGCACUGGGUCGAGGGGCCUUUCUGGCCUGGGAUACGGGCUUCUCGGAUGAGCGGCACGGGGAUGUGGUGGUGGUGCGGCCCAUGCGGGACCACACCCUGAAGGAGGUCGCUUUCUACAAUCGCCUGUUCUCCGUCCCUUCUGUCUUCACACCAGCCGUCGACACCAAGGCCCCUGAAAAGGCCAGCAUCCACCGGCUGAUGGAGGCCUUCAUCAUCAGGCUGCAGACCCAGUUCCCCUCCACUGUCAGCACUGUGUACAGGACAAGUGAGAAGCUGGUGAAGGCCCCCCGGGACGGCCCUGCUGCUGGCGACUCCAGCCCCCGCUGCCUCCUCUGCAUGUGUGCCCUGGACGUCGAUGCUGCUGACAGUGCCACAGCUUUUGGGGCUCAGACCUCCUCAUGCCUCUCCCAGAGGCAGUCGCCCACGCCCCUGACUGAGACCCGGACACCCCCGGGGCCAUGCUGUUCUCCAGGGGUGGGCCAGGCCCAGGGGGCCUGCAGGAGGGAGGACCCCCAAGCCUGCAUUGAGGAGCACCUGUGCUACAGCUGCCGUGUGAACAUGAAGGACUUGCCCUCACUGGACCCCCUGCCGCCGUACAUCCUGGCCGAGGCCCAGCUCCGCACACAGAGGGCCUGGGUCUUGCAGGAGAUCCAGGACUGUCUGAUUGAGGACAGUGACGACGAGGCGGGCCAGAGCUGAGCAUGAGGACAUGUAUGUUUCCCGAGAAAGCAGGCGGUGGCCACCUGGUCCACCACAGUGGAGCCAGAAAGCAAGGACGGGGGACUGGCCUUUGAUUGUCUAUUUGUAUAAAUAAAACAAACAUUUUUAAUUAAA